CUGUGCUCGUCGACACCGUGCGCUCCUCCCCAAAGCGCACCGCCCUCUGCGCCUUUGUGCAGGCUGCAGCCACGCUUUGGCACCCGCGGAGCUGGGGUCAGUAGAGUCACUGCCACCAGUACCCAUGAGCUGGAGUGGGUGGAAGCCGUGGCGAGCCGAGCACCCCCAGCCCCGGACACACUAGUGGUUAUGAAAUCAACCAGGCUCAAAGUUUUGACAGAACUGCCCGGAUCUUGAGAGCUGCGAACACGGCUGACACCAGAACUCUGGGAAGCCUUGUGACAGGACCUUGCCUGUGCAAUCUCACAUGUGAUUUGCCGUUCUUCCUGGAAGGUCCACUCUGUGGCUUUUCUCUGGAAUCUAUGAAGAAAAUGUUCCUCAGCCUAGCCUAGAAACAGGUUCUACAGGUAUGGAUCUCUGGCAGCUGCUGUUGACCUUGGCAGUGGCAGGAUCAAGCAGUGCUUUUUCUGGGAGUGAAGCCACACCAGCUAUCCUUGGCAGAGCCUCCCAGAGUCUGCAAAGAGUUAAUCCAGGCCUAGGGACAAAUUCUUCUGGGAAGCCUAAGUUCACCAAGUGCCGUUCACCUGAACUAGAGACUUUUUCGUGCCACUGGACAGAUGGGGUUCGUCGUGGCUUCAAGAGCCCAGGAUCCACACAGCUAUUCUAUAUUAGAAGGAGCACUCAAGAGUGGACUCAAGAAUGGAAAGAAUGCCCCGAUUAUGUCUCUGCUGGAGAAAACAGCUGUUACUUUAAUUCAUCUUAUACCUCCAUUUGGAUACCCUACUGUAUCAAGCUAACCAGCAAUGGUGGUACAGUGGAUCAAAAGUGUUUCUCUGUUGAGGAAAUAGUGCAACCAGAUCCACCCAUUGGCCUCAACUGGACUCUACUGAACAUCAGUUUAACGGGGAUUCAUGCAGAUAUCCAGGUGAGGUGGGAACCACCGCCCAAUGCAGACGUUCAGAAGGGAUGGAUAGUCCUGGAGUAUGAACUGCAGUACAAAGAAGUAAAUGAGUCCCAGUGGAAAACGAUGGACCCUGUAUUGUCAACAUCAGUUCCAGUUUAUUCACUGAGACUAGAUAAAGAAUAUGAAGUGCGUGUGAGAUCCAGACAACGAAACUCUGAAAAAUAUGGCGAGUUCAGUGAGGUGCUCUAUGUAACACUUCCUCAAAUGAGCCCAUUUGCAUGUGAAGAAGAUUUCCAGUUUCCAUGGUUCUUAAUUACUAUCUUUGGAAUAUUUGGGCUAACGAUGAUACUAUUUUUAUUCAUAUUUUCUAAACAGCAAAGGAUUAAGAUGCUGAUUCUUCCCCCAGUUCCAGUUCCAAAGAUUAAAGGAAUUGAUCCAGAUCUCCUCAAGGAAGGAAAAUUAGAAGAGGUGAACACAAUCUUAGCCAUUCAUGACAACUAUAAACCUGAAUUCUACAACGAUGACUCUUGGGUUGAAUUCAUUGAGCUGGAUAUUGAUGACCCCGAUGAAAAGACUGAAGGCUCCGACACAGACAGACUUCUAAGCAAUGACCAUGAGAAAUCACUUAACAUCCUUGGAGCAAAGGAUGAUGACUCUGGACGUACCAGCUGUUAUGAACCUGACAUUUUGGAGACUGAUUUCAAUGCCAGUGGCAUGUGUGAUGGUACCUCAGAGGUUGCUCAGCCACAGAGGUUAAAAGGGGAAGUAGAUCUCUUGUGCCUUGACCAGAAGAAUCAAAAUAACUCACCUUCUACUGAUGCUACCCCUACCACUCAGCAGCCCAGUGUCAUCCUAGCAAAGGAAAACAAACCAAGACCGCUUCUUAUUAGUGGAACUGAGUCAACUCAUCAAGCUGCCCAUACUCAGCUAAGCAAUCCGAGUUCACUGGCAAACAUCGACUUUUAUGCCCAGGUAAGCGACAUUACUCCAGCGGGGAGUGUGGUCCUUUCCCCAGGCCAAAAGAAUAAGGCAGGGAUAUCCCCGUGUGACAUGCAUCCAGAAGCGGUCUCACUCUGCCAAGCAAACUUCAUCAUGGACAACGCCUACUUCUGCGAGGCAGACGCCAAAAAGUGCAUCGCUGUGGCCCCUCACGUCGAGGCUGAAUCACGUGUGGAGCCAAGCUUUAACCAGGAAGACAUUUACAUCACCACAGAAAGCCUUACCACUACCGCUGGCCAGUCUGGGACAGCAGAACGGGCUCCGAGUUCUGAGAUGCCUGUCCCAGACUAUACCUCCAUUCACAUAGUACAGUCUCCGCAGGGCCUCGUGCUCAAUGCCACAGCCUUGCCCUUGCCUGACAAAGAGUUUCUCUCAUCGUGUGGCUACGUGAGCACAGACCAACUGAACAAAAUCAUGCCGUAGCCUUUCUUUGAUUUCCCACAAGCUACAUAUUGAAUGGUGAGGAGCUGGCUAGGGCAUGAGUGCUUACACCAAAACAAUGUUUAAACUUUUGGGGGGGAUGGGGGGAGCGGAUUCUAAAUGCCUUUUUCCUGAAGUGUUGAAAGAUAAUAUUAAAAAAGAAACAAGAACGCCUGAUCGGAUAGAUAUUCCUAUUGUGAACUGUAAAUAUUUUAAAGAAUCGUCUCAAAGACUGUUUAGUGGCAGUGAUUGUCUUGUUAAUGUGGGUGUUAAUUUUGUGAUACUAAGCAUUGAAUGGCUAUUUUUAAUGUAUAGUAAAUCAUGCUUUUUGAAAAAGCAAAAAAUCAGGUGGCUUUUGCAGUUCAGGAAAAUCGAAUGCAAAUCAGAGCACAGGCCGAUGUUUUUUAGAUAAUCCGGAACUAAAAUUAUAGGUAAGAAGGCAAGAAAUAGUUUGGAUAUGUAAAACAUUUAUUUUGACAUAAAAUUUAUAAAGGUAUUUUUAAGAAUUUACACUAUAAGCAUGGCUAUUUUAUAUUACACUACACGCUGUGUACCGUAGUUCAUGCAGACCCAUCUGGAGAAUGUAGCAACCGCACUCUAAAGCCGGUUUAAUGCUUUGGUCGGUCCACCUAAAGAAAAACAAAUAAGCAAGUUAGUUUUUUACGCGGCCCUUUUUGUACCUCCCAAAACUCCUUAAGCAAUUCUGAAGUGAUUGUUGUUACCUGCAUUAUUGGCACAUGCUUGUCUUAAUUUAAAUUUUUAAAGAAAUAUUUGUUAAUUGAGACAACUUUUAAGAUGUAUGCACAGGUCUACUCAUCGUGAACCAAACCAAAACAAACAAACAAAAGACUCUUCCUUACCCAAAGUUCGGCUCAGGUCAGAGAGCUCCCUACUAAGAGAAGGAGAGGGUAUUAGCUGGUCCUUACUGACAGGCUGCUCAGGGGCUAUUGUUGCACACGGAGGGAGUGUUUAGGCAGGCAGAUCAUGAGCGAUGGCCCCAGAACCUUUGUAGUAGUAUCUCUUCUAACACAAUGUGAUUCUAUUACACAGUGACCUAAGAAGGGAAUAAAGUACAUGAAGCAUUUUGUAAGUCGAAGCAAAUUGAAAAUGAAGUUAACCAGAUAAUGGAACCAAAAGAUCAAGAAAUAUACCCACUAUUCAUUGUAACAAGAAACAGAAGGAACAAGAUUGUCAAUCCCCUCAGAUAAGUCAAAAUGUUCUUAAACCAAUGGCGGAAACUUUCUUCCUCACCGAACUCUUUCUAGGGUUUAUUUAAAGUAGCAAAGAAGUGUCCUCAUUUUUUAUUUCCCCUCUGAGUGGAUUGGCCUCCAAGAGGGUAGUCAGAAGAGAAAGAAGCGUCCUGAAGUAAUGUUGAAAUUAUCGUUCAACAUCAUUCUUGGGAGCGUUGGGAUUAUUCCCCAAAAGGUUUGUCCAAAGAGAAUCUCAUCUCACUGAAAAAUGCUUCUCACUUUAAGUUUUGGUUGUUUUUUUUUUGUUGUUUUUUUUUUUUACAUUUAAUGAAACUUUAAAGUUAGCUUUAACUUAAAUAGUAUUUGCCAUUUAGCUCAGACCUUUUUAGGAAACAGGCUUAAUGGUUGGUGAUUUUAAAUUCCCUCUUUCUUGCGGGAAGGACAGUGAAAAGCUAGAACUGGGUGUUCCAAGUUCAACAUGUUACUUUGUAAUAGGUGUUUAAUAGAUCUUUUCUGCUACCUUGCUGCUAUAGUUUUCUCUAAGAGCUACAUAAUUUAGUUUCAUAUACAAUUUCAUCGGUGUAGAACCUAAUUCAACUUAAAACUGUGUACUUGGGAAAACUAUCUUACUAUUUCACCAUAGGCUGACAACAAUUUCUAUAGCCAAAAAUAGCUAAAUACCUCAAUCAGUCUCAGAAUGUCAUUCUGGUACUUUGCUGGCCACACAAGCCAUUAUUCACUAGUAUGACUAGUUGUGUCCUGCAGUUUAUAUUUAACUCUCCUCAUGUCUGUGGAUUUUUUUCCUUCGAAGUUUAAUAAAUUUAUUUUCUUGGA